AUGAUCGAAGACGAUAUUCACGAUUACGUCCGAUAUCUCAAUAUCAGGAAGGGACUUGUAGAGGAUCUGAUGACUCUUAUCAACCAGUACAAAUUGCCAUUGCAACUGAACGCGACCGUAUUUGCUAUAUUCAUGGUUGCGCCUAUCGAGAAAAAACAGAAUACGUCUUACAUCAAUCCGACUAACGCACACUUCGUCGCUGAGUUGGUGUCUAUCUUUGGCCGAGACGUCUCUAACAUUUCAAAAGCGCUAGUCAGCGUACGGGACUCACAGACGAUCACAAAAAGCCAGCAACGGCUUUUCCAACGCGCUAAUAAAGACGAUAUGCCCACGGUAGGCUUCGAACAUUUGCAGCAAUUACUCGGCUUCGAUAAUAAUUUUGGCCUCGAUUAUGUCUUUACAAGGGCAUGUCUCGAUUCAGAUGUCUUCUUCACUCAUGACUUCGGAAUCCCCAUAUUCGACCAUUUGGACAUUGGAAAUUGCAACCGGGCGCUGUGGCAAACAAAUUGGACGACCGAUUCCAUGGGAUUGACUCUUACACGUAACAACGAGACGCGGCCAGACAACAUUGAGCCUUUGAGCACCAGCCCCAAACCCUACAGAUAUACCUUUACUAUAUCACCCAACUUCAACCUAUCUUCUUUCCAGCCUCUACAGAACCUGCACAGGCUUCCAGGUAGUGGCGGCGUCUCAUUACUGGGGAGAUUUAGCCUGUCACCCGAGACCGACAGAAGGAAAAAUAUUUCCAGCUCAUGUGCCAUGGAUUCAGGAGAUCCGCUGGAUUUACAGCACCUCGAGAGCAGAGCAACGACACUAUGGCAUUGA